AUGGCUUGGGGGAUUUCCUGGGUUCCUGGGAUCUGUGGGGCUUAUUACCUACAGAUCGAUCCUUCCUCCGAGAGUCUUGGGCUCCAGGGCAAGUCUUACUGCACGGUCAAUAUCUUCCACUCAUGCAUCUCUGCGGCCAAGUCCCUGUGGCUGGCUUGCCGAUCAUCAGGCAUCCCUUACUCUGUCAACUCCUUCGUACAACAAGAGUUGGACUUCUUGUGUGACAGGCCGGACAAUGACUCCUUCUCUUUGAAACAAUUCUUGAAUGGGAUAUCAAAACCCAAUGCCAAAUCCAUAUAUGAACAAAGGAAGAAAUAUUCAAAUGUCAUUAUGGCUGAUGUGUCAGAAUACCAAGUAAAUCAUUUGGUGACAUUUACAAUUGAUGAGGAUGAUGAUGUCCAUACAGUGGAGGAUGCCAUUCGUAAACUGAAUGCGAUGGAUGCUAAAAGCAAAGUCUGGACCCAAGAGAUGGCAUUACAAGUAAACAGCUCCACUGUUAAACUCCUAGAUAUUGAAUCCAAGGAGGAUUUGGAAGUAUUCCCCAUCGCUGUCAUCCAGCGCUGUGACACUGUUCUCCCAGAAAGGAGGAACUGUUCUCUUUUGGUAUUGGUAUGUCAGGACAGAUACCAGCCCAAAGCUGAUGUCCACUUCUUCCAGUGUGACAAUGUUGGGGCGGAGCUGAUUAGUGAAGAUAUUAAUAGUGCAGUAUCUGAUUUAAAAAAUGGGCAUACUUCCAAGAGGCCUGAAGCACUCAGGAACAAUCAGAAGAAGAUAAACCAGCAGAGCUCCAGCAACUCAGACCCAUUUAAGCCUCAGCGGCAGUGGAAACAGCCACAGAUACAUUAUGUGACCCCAUCAGAGAUCCUGGAGAGGGAAUCACAGCGCAGAUCAGUCAAACCCUCGGUCUCCCCGCUGACCCCCCAAGUCAUAAUUAAUCCUUUACCUCAAAUGCAACAGAAACUACUACCAAGCAACUCAACACAGGAUGCAAUAUACAGCGAGGUAAUUAGAACUGAGAAGAGUUCACAGAAUCCACAGAUGCAGCAGGAGAGGAACUCAACCAAUGAAACAUUAGUUGAUGGGGAUUCACAGGACCUAACGACCCUCCGAGCUGGACGGGAGGUGGAUCUACUGAAUCACUGCUUUGAUGACAUUGAAAGUUUCAUGGGAAAGCUCCAGAAAUCAGCUGAGGCUUUUAAAGUCCUCAACCAAAGAAAAAAAUCAAGAAGAAGCAAGAAACCCGAAGCUGGAGAGGGUCUACUGACACUCAGAGCAAAGCCUCCAAAGCUGGAGGAGUAUGAAGAUGCUGUCCAGAAAUUUAAAUACUGCUUCUGCUUAUUGGCAAGACUUAGAAGUAAUAUUAUGAAUCCGAGUUCCGUGGAGCUUGUUCACUUUUUAUUUGGACCACUUAAAACGCUCAUGGACAGUUCUGGGGGCGUGGAUAUGGCUGCUGGAAUUGAGAGUCCAAUGCUAACUGAAGAAGCGGUGGCUUUUUUGAAAGAGUGUUUAGAUGAAAAUGAACUUGAUUUAUGGGACUCUCUGGGACCAAACUGGACAAAGCCAAGGCUGGAUUUUCCCCGUGACUACUGUCCUCCAUAUACACCAACUUUUACUAGUGGAUGGGUUCCAAGUAAUAGUAAUGGUCAGCCCUGGGAUGAUCCAGUGGAGUUUCAACAUCGUCAUGAAGAGUUGAGGUCACAGCAAUCAGCUACUCAGAUAAACCAACCUCCCACACCCCCUGUUCUGAAUGGAAAUGUGGUGUGGGAAUGUAUCCGGUCAGUAGCUGACCCAGAGGGUCGCUAUGUGUUUGUGUAUGCCAAGAUCAGAGGUGUGUUGCUGCCACCCGGUGGCCUGGAACGGGAAGUGCGGGUCUUCACUCUGCUUCUGGUAAACGACAGCAAACUCUCACAGGAGGGUCAGACGGAAGCAGAGCCGUGGACUGGCUGCAACAGCCGAGGAGGAGGGGCUCUCUAUUUUACUUAUGCCAAGGGCAGAUCUGCCCAGCAGGGGAUCUCAGGGGAUCCCGGGCUCAGAACUACGGGACUUUUUUGCUGCAAAAACACAGACUUACCACCUGGACUCUUUUCGAGACAUGGCGCCAACAGGCUCGGGCUCCCGCCCCGUGUGAUCCCAAUCCACAGCAUGGACAGAACGAGUCUCACCCUCUCCAGUUUCGACAUCCAGCCAACUCCCAGACCUGGGAUCCAGACGAUGCUGCUUCUCCUCCUGCUCAGAUCACAUAGCUUUCUCCCUCGGAUGAUCCCUUGCUCUUGGUGGGACAGAUACAGGUGGGUGCAACUUACUCAGAAGCUACCAUACCCCUCUUUCUUUGAGGCCUUUGUGGUCCACAUCGAAACAGCUCUUAAGUCAGAACUGGCUGAAAUAAAACAGACUGUUUCUCAUCUUGACAGCAGAGUGUCUACCAUUGAAACACAUAGGGAGGAGCUGGAGGGUCGUAUCCAGCGGCUGGAAGCUCAAAUGGGACAGAGGGAUAGAGAUCUCUCCCUACUCUUUCUGCAUCAAAAGGACCUGGAAAACCACAGUAGGCACAAUAAUGUGAAACUGAGAGGCAUUCCAGAGGCAACUGGAGACUCAGACUUGCAUGCUACUGUGAUGGGGAACUUCAAUCUUCUUUUGGACCAAGCUGCCACUACUGAAAUUAUGAUUGACAGAGUCCACAAGUCUCAGUUGACCCCAUUGGUUCUUGAUGACUCAAAAAAAUGGUGGAAAGUGCAGAAUCGAUUUGGACAGACUGGUUACGUACCAUACAACAUACUUGCCCCAGUUUCAGCCGCAGAAUUUAACAACACCAAACAAAAUAAGGUCCAGCCAAAUCUGGCUAAGAAAUCACAACCUCCAACUCCUCCUAAAAAAACAACAAAACCAAAUAUAACUGGUCAGGCUCAGUGGGAUUCGGUGGACAGCCAGCAACCCGAACAGAACAAUAUACAGCAAGAAAAAUUUGACAAAAUAAAUAGUAUGAAUGAAGAGCUCUUGCUGAGAUUGGCAAAUGGCCGGCAAGCACCAAAUAAGACUCUGAGCAUACAGCGAAUGUUGGAUACAUCCAUUCCAUUGAAUGAAGAGUCCAGGCCCUCAGAGGUCACCGCAUGGCUGCAGGCAAAGGGAUUUAACACGCUGACUGUAAAAUCAUUGGGAGUGUUAAAUGGAGCUCAGCUGUUUUCCCUACGGAAAGAUGAAUUUAAAGCUGUGAGCCCAGAGGAAGGUGCCAGGGUAUACAGCCAGGUCAUGGUACAGAAAGCUCUUUCUGAGGACGAUAAGAAGAUUUCUGAGCUAGAAGCUGUAAUGGAAAGGCAAAAGAAGAAGAUGGACAGUGAGCUUGCAAAGGACAGCCUCUAAAGACCUAGUUCUGGCUUCACA